AUGAUACCAAAAUAUAACUACAAUUAUGCGGCUGACAACGAGUUUGAGCACUGGACUCGAAAUGCAGAUUUUAAUCGCCCGCCGCCACCUGCCCAACGAUUGCCACCGUUAAUACGAACUCAGUACGUUGAUGAGGACAUGGAGUUGCAGGCUCUCACUGUAAGCGUUAAUUAAUUAUUAUAGACAGCUGACCGAAGUGUCGGAUAUAUUACGAAGGAGAUUGAUGAUAGGGCCGUUCGUCUGCUAGCACUCGGCUUCUAAUACUGGGUUUAUUGGUAUGAAUUGCCAAACGCGCUAUUUUGGUUUGUUUUUGGCGGUUUUAAAGACACCUUUUGAGUAUUGGUUUAUAUUGUUAUGUUUUAAUUAUUUUUUUUUAUUUCAGAAUUUUCAACAUCCCUAUUCGGGUAACUAUUGGCAUCAAGGUACAGCACCAACACAUCAUCAACCAACGGUUAUUAAUGGCUGGCAAUCAGCAGCUACACAUCCUGGAUCUACUUUAUUGCAGCCUCCCAACCCAUCAAGCAGUUCAACCGAGGUAAGUCUAAUUUUUUAGAAAUAAUGUAUUGAAUUAAAUAUCAUAUUGUUAAUUUAAUUUUAUGCCAACAUUAUCGUCUUUGGUAUUCGCGAUAAAUUUUAUCAAUUUUGUAAUAUAAUGUAAAAAAAGUAUUUAAAUUUUAGUAUGUUAAUAUGAAUAACAAUAAUAACACGUUGAAUACCUUAAAUACACUGAAUACGAUGAACACAUUAAAUACUGCUACCAUUCGGUCGCGCGAAAGUUCUCACGACUUUGGUCGUUCAAAUUCGAAGGUCCAUUUAGUUGCACCCGAAUACGCUCUUACUGAUGGUCGAUUUCGGUCUGAAUCUCCGCAAAAAGUGCCACAAGAUAAUUACUGUACGUUUGAUGCAUAAAAAAUUGUUACUAAAAAAUGUAAAGUUGAUUAGUUCUUUCUUUAGUUUUUUACAAGUUUUGAAAUUUUAAACUAAUUUACCCGAAACCUACACUUUAUGACCAUUUUAACCAAAUUUUAUUUUUGCAGUAGGUAUACUGUAACCUUAAGUAAGGUGACCCAUUUUUAGGGGGGACCAGAGACCUAUUCAGGGGUGACCUAUUCCUUUGGGUGACCUAUCCCCGGGGGACAAAACAUAAUAUAAAAAACAAAGCACGGUAUUUUUCGUACAAUAGUGAUUUUGUUUUAGCCCACAGAUCUCGUUCCAAAUCUCCCAAAAAGAAGACCCAACAAAAAGCUCCAAUUUCGUUCAAGCAAACUUUUGAUUAUCUUCAUUCCCAAUGCCGAUUAGAAGGCUGUUCUGCGUCUAUUAUUGUUGACGUAAGCUUUUUAAUAUUAUUUUAUAUCUUUCAAAGUCUGCACACCGUUUUGUGUCUUUUUGAGUGUUGCAAAAAAAUUAUUAUACUUUUCUUCUAAACUUAAGGGUCUUCAAAACACUAAAAAUCAAGUAUAAACUUCUCGAAAGGUGCUUUUAAUUGAAGAGACAACGUCAAAAAUGACACCUGUCAUCUUAAACUUCUUUUCAAAUAUGUAAUUGUUUGUUACAAUUUUUUUCGUGUACCUUUUAACACAACGCCUUACUUAUUUUUGGAUCAAAAUGUAUUUAUAAAUUAUUUUUCAUUUGAAUAUUACUUUCAGGAUGUACGUUUUCUAGUAUGUAAGCAUCAGUUGGCUCAUGUUAGCGAAUUUUUUCGAACUUUAUUUUUAAAUAACCGUGCACUUACUCAAAAUGGAGUCAAACAGUUGUCAAAUAACGAAUACACAAUCGUUGUGUCAAGUUUAAAACACCCACCUCAAUAUGUUCAAUUUCAAUGGUUUAUUGAAUGCACUGUGCCUGGGCCGGUACUCAAGGAUAUGACUGGUCCGUCAAACUUUUUCAUUUUUCAGAUUCAGGUUUUGGCCUUUUAAAAAUUUAAGUUCAUGUCUAUAUCUUUAAAAAUUAUGUUUUUAGAUGAUGUUCUAGAAACCUGUAUGAGACUUUCUAAGCGUUUUACGGCUAAAGGUCUUGAAGUACGAUGUGCCCGGUACAUUCGAGAAAAUGCAAGUUAUUUAUUUACACAUAUGUUGAAACUGCUUUUUAAAAUAUGGGACAAUUUUAACACAAUUUUGUAGGUGGAAAGAAAAGCGCCGAUGACAGCAUUGUGUUGGCUUAAUUGGGCAUUGAAACACAGAUUUGAAAAAUUUGUACAGGAGUCUUGUAUGUUAGUGGCUGCUCGCUUAUCACUAAACAGUUUGGAAAAACAUAGAAACAUGGUAACAGAGAAGAUAUUCGCUGAUAUAUUGGCUUCAAAACUUCGAGUUUGCUUUAAACAGGUACAAAAAGGAUUUUGAAAACCCAUUAAAAGCACAUUUAUAUUCUUUCGUAAAAUUAAAAUUAUAGAAGAAUAUUUUUAGAGUGCAAACGUAUUUCACACCAUUCACAAAAUGGAUCAUUUCCAUGUUGAAGUAGAAAAGUGCCCUCGAUGUUCUCGUCAACGUGAACAAGGUCGGAUACGCCUACUAGCAAAUCCUUGCCAAAAAUUAAUUGGCUGUGAAAGGUGCCUAAAAGACCUCGGUUGUGAAAUUGAGCGCAAAUCACAGAAUGAACUUCAAGCCUUUUACCAAUGCGACCACGGUCUUCUGUCUUUCAGUGACGAAACCGAAGACUGUCAGUGCCAGCAAAAACUGUAUCGACGAAAAGUCGAAAACAUAUCACAGCCCCCGUCAGAGCAAACAGAAUUUGACGGCGAAGCUGCGUCGCUUCAAAUGAAUUGUUCGUAA